AUGCUGCUCCAGGCUGUCCUCGUGUCCCUCGCGCUCCAAGCGAGCAGCGUAACAGCUGAUAACUUUGAACGGCGAGCAGCUCCUCUUACUGGGCACACAUUUGACUAUGUGGUUGUGGGUGGUGGCACAGGUGGCAGUGCUCUCGCAACACGACUUGCGCAAAAUGACUUCAAGGUCGCGUUAAUCGAGGCUGGAGGGUAUUACGAGCUCGAAUCUCUCGCAGAGGUUCCUGCUGCCGAUGUUCUGCCCGUGGGAUCAGAUCCUAAUACGAAAUCCCCCGAAGACUGGGGCUUUGUGACGAGAAACCAACCCGGUGCGAACGGGCGAGCUAUCCAUUAUGCUCGGGGAAAGUGUCUAGGAGGAUCUUCAGCAUUGAACUUCAUGAUCUAUCAACGCCCGACACGCGAGUCCAUGGAGCGUUGGGCAACUGCAGUCAAUGACAGCAGUUACACUUUCGAUGAAGUCCUUCCACUAUACAAGAAGAGUGUUGACUUCACGCCACCAAACAUGAAUUACAGAGCCGACAACGCCUCAGCGGACUAUGAUGAUGAUGCGUUCGACUCGGAUGGCGGUCCAUUGCAGGUGUCUUAUGCCAACUUUGCCAUGCCUUUCUCAUCAUGGAUGAACCUCGGCAUGGAGGCAAUUGGCAUCGACAAGGCGCAGGAUUUCAACAUGGGCAGUUUAAUGGGAGCUCAGUACUGUUCCUCGACCAUCGAUCCCUCCAACGAACUUCGCAGCAGCUCUGAAGAAUCAUUCCUCUCCAAGAUCAAACCCAGAACCUUGACAACAUAUUCCAACACUCUCGCAAAGAAGGUGGUGUUUGACGACAACAAAAGGGCAACCGGUGUUCAAGUGAGGGGGGCACUGGGUAACAUGGUCACCAUUUCGGCAUCGGAGGAGGUGAUCAUCUCCGCUGGUGUUUUUCAGUCACCGCAGCUUCUCAUGGUGUCUGGUGUUGGUCCGUCUGACCAGUUGGAAGAGCACGGAAUCGAAGUUAUCGCAGAUCGACCAGGCGUUGGGCAGAACAUGUGGGAUCACCCUUUCUUCGCUCCUACAUACCGAGUGCGAGUGACAACCUUAACCGAGUUUGCUACCAAUCUCAUCUACGCAGCGGGACAAGUCGUCGGUGGACUGGUCACCAAGAACGGAUUCUUGACAAACCCAGUGGCUGAUUUCCUUGCUUGGGAGAAGAUCCCACAAUCCUUGCGCCAAGCUUUCUCCCAAAGCUCGCUCGAUAAACUAUCUCAAUUCCCCAGCGAUUGGCCCGAAGCGGAGUACAUCUCUGGCGCAGGAUACAUCGGGAAUGUCUCAAACCUUCUUACAACUCAGCCUAGAGAUGGAUACCAGUAUGCCUCGAUGCUCGGCGUGUUGAUCACACCUCUGUCCCGCGGCAAUGUUACCAUACAGUCGGCAGAUACCAAGGACCUACCAGUGAUCAACCCCAAUUGGCUCGACGACGCGGCUGAUCAAGAGCUGGCCAUUGCCAUGUUCAAGCGCAUGCGUCAGGCAUUCCAAAGCAAGGCCAUGGAGCCCGUGAUCAUUGGCGAGGAGUAUAACCCUGGGCCUGAGGUCAAGUCUGAUGCCCAGAUCCUCGAGUUCAUCAAGGAUAAUGUCAUGACGCUAUGGCAUGCUGCUUGUACUUGCAAGAUGGGCACUGAGGACGACGAGAUGGCUGUUGUUGAUUCUCAGGCUCGGGUUUACGGAGUCGAUGGAUUGCGUGUCGUGGAUGCUAGCGCAUUCCCUUUCCUUCCUCCUGGUCAUCCCCAGUCGACAGUUUGUGAGUUUGUUUCGAACUUCUCCCUUUGA